AUGAAGUCAGAGGAUACAGGUACGCGGGCUUCCACGCCGACCAUCACCGAGGAGCAAGAUUGGAACGCGAAAGAUUCCGACGGCCUGUUGAAAUCCAAAGAAUGCAAUGAGAGACAUGUCGUCAAAGAACCGCGUCUCUUGCAGAGACAGAUUUCUGCCAAAUUGCAUCUGGCGAUUUUCAGCUUUUAUAUUUUGACCUUACUCGGCAUGGGAGUUCUGCUCGGAAGAAGCUGGAAAAUUGCGAAGCGGCCUUUUCUAUACUCGCCCGCAAAUGAGGCCGUCGAAUAUUACAUCGGCGAGUUCUCGGACGGCAAUGACCCCCACGGCAAGUUCGUUGGGGAACCUCGACCUUCACUCGAGAAGGCUUGGACAGACCUGCUAGGACCCAUGAAUGUGCGGCUAUCACUGGAGGAUGUUCAGGCGUUUGGUCGUGAAUCGACAGCGGUCGGGAUGUCAGAUGGCAGCGGCUAUCUCGGCACGUUGAACGUGUAUCAUGAGUUGCAUUGUGUGAGAUGGCUUCACAAAUACAUCUACCAAGAUGAGUACUGGCCCGGGCUGGAUGAUGAGCAACGACGAAAGAACAAGAUCCACAGCAACCACUGCCUGGGUACUCUGAAAAGUUUUGCCAUGUGCCACGGCGACGUCGGCCUCGUCAUCUACAGCUGGCAAAAAGAUGUGCUGAAGCCGGGGGCCAAUGGUACAGGACACACUUGCGUCAACUGGGAAAAAAUAUCACAAUGGACCCGGGAACGAACCGUCGACGUGUAUGAACCGGGACUGAUUAUCCAUCCACAGCUCGGGCCGGCAUACACCGGAGGACAAAAUGAUAAAGAACAUAUAAAUGGAGCACUGCAUUCACAUGGAAGCCGUACAUAG